UCCAAAAGGCACCCUCGCUUGUGUGAAAAAAACAGUACUUGACACAAAAAAGUGAAGUAAAUAAACAAAGCCAGACCCACCAUAACACACUCUAUCUGCCUCCUUAUUACCUGUCUCGGAUCCCCCUCCAUUGCACAAAACUCUCUCAUUGUCUCAAGCCCUCUCUCCCUCCCUCCCUCCCUCCCUCCCUCCCAUGACAUAAUUAGCAGAGAACUCUAUCCGCUACUCUUGUCUUUUAUUUUCUUCUUUGCUUGUGAUGGCUGCACUUACUUUCUUACAAGAACACAAAGAGAAUCGUCAAAAACAACCAUCCAGGUGCAAGCGAAAGCUGCAAAAGGAAAAGGAAAAGGAAAAGCAACCAUCUUCAUGGGACCAAAUCAAGAACCUACUGACCUGCAAACAGAUCGAGGGGUCGAGAGUACACGACCCAUCAAAGAACCCCAUUGGAUACUCAAAGCUAGGAUCUUCUUGCAGCUCAAUAUGUAGUUUCAAAGACGUUGUUCAUGGCAACACAAGGGUUGUUCAUAGAGCUGAUAACUCACCUGAAAGUAGCACACUGGGUCAAGAAACUGGGCUACUAAGUCGGAAAGGUGCUAGUACUGGGUCAUCAUCAACUCGGUCACUGACGAGCUCUGGGAGAUCCAACAGUGGUGUAACGUGCUCGUCGUCGUCUAGAGGCAUGCAAUUUAGGAAGCUUUCAGGCUGUUAUGAAUGUCACAUGAUCGUUGACCCUAGCAGAUACCCAUCUGCAAGAACUACAAUAAGCGCUUGCACUCAGUGUGGAGAGGUCUUUCCAAAGAUUGAAAGCUUGGAGCUUCAUCAAAAAGUUCGCCAUGCCGUAUCGGAGCUGGGACCAGAAGAUUCAGGCCGAAAUAUCGUGGAGAUCAUCUUCAAAUCAAGCUGGCUCAAGAAAGACAACCCAAUCUGCAAGAUCGAACGGAUAUUAAAAGUCCACAACACACAACGAACAAUCCAACGGUUCGAGGACUGCAGGGACGCAGUGAAGACACGUGCACUCAACAGCACUAAAAAAAACCCCAGGUGCGCGGCGGACGGCAACGAGCUGUUAAGAUUUCACUGUACAACCUUAACUUGUUCUCUCGGCUCACUCGGCUCCUCCAGCUUGUGCGGCUCGAUCCCCGUCUGUGGCGUCUGCACCAUAAUAAGGCACGGGUUUCAAGGCAUAGAAUGCAAAGGUGUAAGCACCACGGCUAGUAGCGGUAGGGCCCAUGACUCGUUAUGGGGCUGUACGGAUGGACGUAGGGCAAUGUUGGUGUGCCGUGUGAUUGCUGGUAGAGUGAAGCGCGUGGCCGAGGAUGCGCUGCCGCCCGAGGAGGAUGGUGCUCCUGCUGGCUCAUUUGAUUCCGUGGCCGGUGGUGCUGGGAUCUACUCGAGUCUCGAGGAAUUAUCAGUUUUUAAUCCAAGGGCUAUAUUGCCUUGUUUUGUUGUCAUUUACAAGGCUCUUGAGUCUUAGAUUAUUUUUCAUAUCGGUUUUUACCAUAGAUUACUUUGUAUUAGUAUGUUCAAAACCUAUUAUACCUUGAUCAGUGGUUAGCGUAACUGUGCUAACCGCCGCAGGUGUUCGUGUACAUAAUAAAUCUUGCUCUCAAGACAUGAUCGGAUUGGAGAGAUUUAGUAUUUAA